AUGCCAGCUUUACCAGACCUUGGUCUCCGGUUCAACCAAAUGCCGACACUGAAGUCUCUUGUAUUGGCUCAUCUUCACCUUGAAGCAUCUGUUCAUGGCCAUUUGUAUUUAUUGCAGAAGUUUCAGGCAGCUGAUCUCUUGCCUUUAUGGGUUGCUUAUGAAUACGAAGGAUUUUAUUUCAACUCAUUGGAACGAGUAAUAACGCUUCCGUACGAUGAAAUAACCGACUACCUAAUUACCAGAGACUAUCCAGUGUCAAAUAGAGCUAAGCUCAAUGCUCUAAAAACCCAAAACAUAAAAGCUAUUGUCAAGUCCGGGGACUUUACGGCACUGGAGCGUCUUGUGAAAUUUUUAAGAAAACACAACGACAAUCUUGAUGUACUUAAUAGCGAACCCUCAUGGUUUAGAACACAAGAUGAGAUACAUAGGCACGAAAUCUGGAGAUACAAACUCGAUGCGAUCAAAACCGCAGCGUCUCUCGGUCUCUGUAACUCCCUUCAUAUAUUGCUCAGUUGGGAGCCGCUAAACUCCGACACUGAUUUCUUUGCUGAAAGGCACGGGGCUUUUCUGACGGCCAUAGCUUGUUCACGCCUGGAAAUCAUAAAGUAUUUGCUUUUGGUUGAUCACUACAAAGACCAGCGAUACUGGCUCCAGUCAGCACCACCUAAAAUGUACGGUUUGACGCAAGACUUCCAGCAUAUGUGUCUCGUGGAGUACGCUGUUGAAAAUAGAGAGAUCUCCGAAAGAUUCAAAGCCUUUGUGCUAAACGCAGUUAGUUCUGCUGAGGAUUCUGGUCCAGCCUCACGCAUGAGUAGCUCGGAAAAAUCCGAUGGGUCUUUGAUACAUGCAAUCGCCGAAGGCAAAACCGAGGCGGUCAUUCGCCUCGGCGGCCGCAAGCAUUUUGACAGCAGAUACUGGGCUCGAAACCUGCCAAAAUUACCUCUUGUAAUUGAUGACUAUCUUUGGCCAGAUCUCCAGAGCGAUCCAAGGCACAAGCAAGCCGCUCCAUUGGUAUGGGCUGUUAUCUAUAAUCGCCCCCAAGUGGUCGAAGCCCUCUUAUUGCAAGGAAUCCCACGCAAGGGUCUCAACACGAUUGAAGUUGCUGCAACAUGUGCUGUCUUAAUAGAUUCUGUAGAGAUAUAUUCGCUACUAGAGGAAGUUCUAAUUUCUGAUUACGACCCGACGAUGGUUGCAUGGGGAUGUAAAUCGAAUUUCUUUGCCGAAGGCGAUCUAAUCGAUCGAGCUUUAGCACGGGGCAAGUAUCAUCAGUCGAAUUCUAAUUCCAAAGUUGCGCGCUAUAUAGAUUCCUGGGUUCUUUGGCAUUGGGGAGGCAAGACUCCAGACUCCACAGAAAUAUUACGGGAACAUCUCAAGAGAGCAACACCUGCAGAGAGAAACGAAGUUCCAAUCGAAAACUGUUUUGAAUUGCCAGCAUCCAAUGAAGUCACGAGCAUGCUUCCAAGCUAUGGAAUGCAUUACCUUCCAGAAUCCGGCUCCUUUCGCUUUAGGAAUAUCUGCUUUUAUAUGGAGGGCCUGUACGCAUCUGCACGUUAUCCAGCACAGCAACUCAGUUUCCAAGACAAAUCAGACUACACCCACACGUCCGAUGGCGUUUCCAUCAUGUCUGAAUGUUCAGGCAAUUAG